AAAUUUAUUUGUCAUUACUUUUUAUUUGACAGGAAAUAUGGGGCGAACAUGUAUUGUUCGUGAUUGUUAUGAAGCAAAGAAUACUCUUUUUUCUGUACCAAAGGAUUCACAACUUUUUGAUGCCUGGAAAUCAAACCUUCCAGAACUAAAGAAACCUCUUAGUACGUCAAGCUAUGUUUGUGAAAAACAUUUUCAUCCAAGCGAUUUGAUAACACAUUAUGUUCAAAAAUUACCAUCAGAAACUUGGUCAUAUCCUUUUGGUAGAAAACGAUUAAAACCUAAAGCCGUACCAUUAUCUUCAAAUAUAUAUAUGACUUCAGAUAAUGGUAAUUUAUUACAUACUUAUAUCGAGCCAAUAAAUAGUAAUGUUGAUAAGCCAAUAGUACCAAUUGAGAACUCCAUGUUUGCACCAAAUAAAUUUAACAAUUAG